AUGAAUCAUCUUCACCGACUCCUCAGAAAGGAUGCACCACCCUGGUCCUCUGUUCAUACCCAGGCAGUUAAAGAUCUGAAAGCCCUGGCUCAGUCCUUGCCAACUCUACAGAUCCCAUCUACAGGACUUCGUAUUCUACAGUCCGAUGCCAGUGAUACCCAAUGGGGUGCGGUUCUACUUGAAGAAUCAUCAAACAAGAUACGACGUAUAUGCAGAUACCGUAGUGGCAUGUUCAAAUCAUCCGAACAACACUACCAUUCCACAUUCAAAGAGAUUCUUGCAGUCCGUCGUGGAAUUGAGAAAUUUCAGUUCUUUCUUAUAGGCCAUACAUUCUAA